CCCCCUUCUCCUCAGGCCCGCUGCUCGCCGGCCCGAUGAAGCGCCGGGACGACCCCGCCUCGCGGCUGAGCCGGGCCCCGGGCCGCGGCGCCAAGGAUCCUUCGGUCGUCCACCCGCCGCCGCGGCAGGCGCCGCCCCGCCAGCCGCCGCCGCCUCCCCGGCCCCGGGGCGGCGGGGGAGGCCCCCGGGGCGGCGGGGCCCGCGCCGCGCCCACCGCGCAGCCGCCGCCCCUGCUCCCGCCGUCGGCCACGGGCGCGGGACCCGACGCGGGGGGCGGCCCGGCCGCGGCCCCGGCCCCCACCCCGCUCCUGCCGCCCUCCGCCACCGCCGCCGCCAGGAUGGAGCCCGAGAACAAGUACCUGCCCGAACUCAUGGCCGAGAAGGACUCGCUGGACCCGUCCUUUACCCACGCCAUGCAGCUGCUGGCCGCGGAAAUUGAGAAGAUCCAGAAAGGGGAAUCAAAGAAAGAUGACGAGGAGAACUACCUGGACUUGUUUUCUCACAAGAACAUGAAACUGAAGGAGCGGGUUCUCAUCCCUGUCAAACAGUAUCCAAAGUUUAACUUUGUGGGGAAGAUUCUCGGCCCUCAAGGGAACACAAUCAAAAGGCUGCAGGAAGAGACAGGCGCUAAGAUCUCGGUGCUGGGCAAAGGCUCGAUGAGAGACAAGGCAAAGGAGGAGGAACUUCGCAAAGGUGGGGACCCCAAAUAUGCCCAUUUAAACAUGGAUCUGCAUGUCUUCAUUGAAGUGUUUGGACCCCCUUGUGAGGCCUAUGCCCUCAUGGCACAUGCCAUGGAAGAAGUCAAGAAGUUCCUUGUGCCGGACAUGAUGGACGACAUCUGCCAGGAACAGUUUCUGGAACUGUCGUACUUGAACGGAGUCCCCGAACCCACGCGCGGGCGAGGGGUGCCAGUGAGAGGACGAGGGGCAGCUCCCCCCCCUCCACCUGUCCCCAGGGGCCGGGGCGUGGGACCACCCCGGGGCGCCCUGGUGCGUGGGGCCCCCGUGAGAGGGGCUAUCACCAGGGGCGCCAGCGUGGCCCGCGGGGUACCGCCGCCUCCAGCCGUUAGGGGAGCACCUGCCCCCAGAGCUCGUGCCGCAGGCAUCCAGAGAAUACCUCUCCCUCCGCCCCCAGCUCCAGAGACUUACGAAGAAUAUAGCCAUCCUUGCUUGCCCCCCAGGCCUCCAGACCAGCAACCACUCGCCUUCUUCUCCCAGGGUUACGAUGAUUCGUAUGCAGAACAGAGCUAUGAGGGCUAUGAAGGCUACUACAGCCAGGGCCAAGGGGACUCAGAAUAUUAUGACUAUGGACACGGGGAGGCGCAAGAUUCCUACGAAGCUUAUGGUCAAGAUGACUGGAAUGGCACCAGGCCUUCCCUGAAGGCACCUCCAGCAAGGCCGGUGAAGGGAGCAUACAGAGAGCACCCAUAUGGACGCUAUUAAAAACAAACAUGAGGGAAAAAUAUCAGUUAUGAGCAAAGUUGUUACUCAUUUCUUGUAUCUCCCAGGAUUCCUGUUGCUUUACCCACAACAGACAAGUAAUUGUCUCAGUGUUUUUCUUUGUGAUCCUCUCUCUCUCCACCCAGCCUCUCUCUCUCCCUCCCUCUCCCCCCACCCCCCUCCGUCCCCACCCCGCAUUCUGGCUUCUGUACGUAGUAUUUCCAAAAAAUGAGUUAAAAUAGAUUUAGGAAUAUGGAAUUUAAAGUGUGUAGAUGCUUUUUUCUUUGUUGUUUAACUCUCAAAACAACUGUACCUUUUUAUAACAAAAACAAAAGUUGAGUUUCAAGACUUGUUAGUUUCCAAAGUGACAUUGCUUGCUUAAGGGUUCUGGACUUGAGGUUUGUUUACCGUUCUCUUAGUUUUGGUCUGAGGCAACCCGAAAAGGCGUAGUUGCAGGAUCCCAAACUAGGCUACAUUUCAAAAUUCAGGGCUGAUUUUAAGAUUUAAAAGUCAUAAAGUUAUAAUGGUAAUAGGUGCCACCGUGUAAAAAAGAGCUCAGUUGUCAAAACCUAUUUCCUUAAAAGCCUAUGGCGGUUGAAUCUUAAGUUUUAAAUUUUAAUAUGAAAGAUCCUCAUGAAUUAAAUAGUUUGUGUGUGGUUUUUUCUUUUUUUAUAUAAAAAAGAGUUAAUUGAUUAAAACAGCAGCAAAUUAGGUGUGUAAAAUUGACUUUUUCCAUAUGUGGGUUUUGAAAUCUAGCCCCAAACCGUACAGUGUUGAGAGAUACUUUGGAAGCAGGCCCCGGAAAGGAGUUGGGAGGGAGGCAGCUGAACGGAGGGCGUAGCGCUCUUUGGCCGAGGUUCAAUUUGAAACCACGACAUCGGAUAAUCCAGUAUUUGACGUGAGACGGUCAAGUAUUACGUUUUGGGUUGGCGGUUCCCGCGCGCUGGGGCCGAAAACGAUUGAGGCGUUUCAAGCGAAUUGAACACUGGGUCGAGAUUGACCCUUCCAAGUGGCUUGUUCAAGUAUGUCUCAACACUAGCGUUACUUAAAAAGGGACACUGCAGCUGAAAGGAAAAAAAAAAUCCAUUUUGUACAUAGGCUAAAGUCCUAAUUGGAUUGGUACUGUCCUCCCUUUUUUUGUUCUUGAAGAUAAAUGCUACAUGUGUAAGUCUGCCUAAAUAGGUAGCUAAAACUUAUGUCAAAAUGUCUGCAGCAGUUUGUCAAUAAAGUUUAGUCCUUUUUUAAUCAAGGUAAAUGUGAUGAAUUGUCAUUUUUUUUUUGCUGGCAAUAAAAUAGUUUUCUCUUUCAAAUAAACUUAAAUUAACU